AUGGCAGCUAAUUUAUCUAAAGUCGCUUCUCGACUGUCACAACAUUCCAUAUAUGGACAACGACAUUUGCAAUUUCGAGAAGUGCUCGGAAAGUUCAUCGACAAAAACAUCAAUCCGUAUGUUGACGAGUGGGAAGCACAGAAACAUUUUCCAGCACAUACUUUGUUCAAGAAAUUAGGACUGCUCGGAAUUUUCGGUGUCAAUAAACCAGCUGGUUACGGUGGUCUUGGCCUGGAUUUUAGUUAUUCGAUAGCCAUAGCUGAAGAACUAGGACGAAUUAAUUGUGCAGCUAUUCCGAUGGCUAUAGCUGUUCAGUCAGAUAUGGCUACACCAGCGCUAUCUAUGCAUGGAAGUGAUUACUUGAAACGUGAAUUUCUUCAUGCUACUUUAGACGGUGACCUGGUGGCAUGUUUAGGUGUAUCGGAAGCUUGUGCUGGAAGUGAUGUUGCUGCAAUUCGUACUACUGCUCGUUGGCAUGGAAAUGAUUUGAUUAUUGAUGGUAGCAAACAAUGGAUAACAAAUGGUACACAAGCAGAUUGGAUUUGUUUAUUAGCUAAUACAAAUGAUAAGCCAUCACCAUAUCGAAAUAAGAGCCUUAUAUGUGUACCAUUAAAUGAGCCUGGUGUACAUCGUUCGAAUUGCAUUGAAAAACUUGGUAUGCAUAGUUCUGAUACUGCCGAGAUUUAUUUUAAUAAUGUUCGAGUGCCAAGUCGAAAUAUCAUUGGUGAAGAAGGACAUGGCUUUGUUUAUCAAAUGCUACAAUUUCAGGAUGAACGACUUGUUGCUAUUGCUGUGCUACUUGAGCCAAUGCAGAAAAUUAUUGAUAUGACAAUUGAUUACACGCGACAAAGACGUGUUUUCGACGGAACUAUCCUAGAUAAUCAGAUUGUACAUUAUCGUUUGGCUGAAUUACAAACAGAUAUUGAAGCAGUUCGAUCACUAUUAUAUCGAGCUGUUAUGGAACGAUUACUCGGGAAAGAUGUUACAAUGUUGGCUAGUAUGGGUAAAUUAAAAGCUUCACGUUUAGCUAGGGCAGUGACUGAUUCCUGCAUACAGUUUUGGGGUGGUAAUGGAUAUGAUUGGAAUAAUUUGAUCAGUCGUUAUCAUCGAGAUUUUCGAUUAUUCUCAAUUGCUGGUGGUUGUGAUGAAGUAAUGCUCCGAAUUAUUUCAAAACGAAUGAAUAUGAUAAAAUAA